AAUUCAUUGCGCGACUCCGUUGACCAACGUGACAACUCCGGCUUUAGGAACAUCUCCCUACCAGAGGCUCUUCGGUGGUACACACGUGGGGAGCUUUAACACAUCGUUUCCUCGCUAAAGAUUUGGAUCCAAACCAAACAGAGGAUGACGAGUGAGGACGUGGAGCGGCUGUUGAUCCAGUUUCAGGAUGAGGAAGGGGAAGUUCUGGGUUCACCUUUUGAUGUGCCCCUGGACAUCACCCCGGACAAACUGCAACUGGUCUGCAAUGCGCUGCUGCAGAAGGAAGAGCCAGUGCCUCUGGCAUUUUUUGUGCGUGGAGAGGCUGAGGUGGUGUCCAGUCUGGGGUCUUGUGUGAAGGCUCUUGGGGUUGAGACAGAACAAGUUCUGCCAGUGGUGUACCAGCCUCAGGCCGUGUUCAGGGUUCGAGCUGUGGCCCGCUGUACCAGCACACUGCAGGGACACACAGAGGCUGUCAUCUCAACUGCUUUCAGCCCCACCGGCAAAUAUCUGGCCAGCGGUUCAGGUGAUACCACAGUGCGGUUUUGGGACUUGAUGACUGAGACCCCUCACCACACUGCCAGAGGACACACACAUUGGGUACUGAGCAUCGCCUGGUCACCUGAUGGCAAGAAGCUGGCUUCAGGGUGCAAGAACAGUCAGAUCUGUCUGUGGGAUCCUGUGACAGGGGCACAGAUGGGGAAAACUUUGACAGGACACACCAAGUGGAUCACAUGGCUCUGCUGGGAACCUCUCCAUCUUAACCCAGAGUGUCGGUACUUAGCCAGUAGCUCAAAGGACGGCUCAAUAAGAGUCUGGGACACUGUGUUGGGGCGAUGUGAGAAAAUCCUGACUGGACACACUCAGUCAGUCACCUGUGUGAAGUGGGGAGGAGAUGGACUUCUAUACACUUCUUCCCAGGACAGAACAGUCAAAGUCUGGAGAGCCAAAGAUGGUGUCCAGUGCAGGACUCUGCAGGGUCACGCCCACUGGGUGAACACCUUGGCUCUCAGCACAGACUACGUCCUGCGCACUGGAGCUUUUGAACCCGCAACUGCCACUAUCAACCCCCAGGACCUCACUGGAUCAUUGGAGGAACUGAAGAACCAAGCUCUGCAGAGAUAUAAUAAAGUUAGGGGUUCAGCUCCAGAGCGCUUGGUGUCUGGCUCAGAUGAUUUCACCUUGUUCCUGUGGAACCCUGCAGAAGACAAGAAGCCUCUGGCCAGGAUGACUGGCCACAGCGCUCUGGUCAACGAGGUGCUUUUCUCCCCAGACACCAGGCUCCUCGCCUCUGCCUCAUUCGAUAAGUCCAUUAAAAUCUGGGAUGGACGCACUGGAAAGUACUUAAUGUCCCUGCGUGGCCAUGUGGCGUCCGUGUAUCAAGUGGCGUGGUCUGCAGACAGCAGGCUGCUGGUCAGUGGCAGCAGCGACAGCACACUUAAAGUCUGGGACAUCAAGACUGGGAAGCUCAACAUGGACCUACCUGGCCAUGCUGAUGAGGUUUAUGCGGUGGACUGGAGUCCCGAUGGACAAAGAGUAGCCAGUGGCGGGAAAGACAAGUGUCUCAGAAUAUGGAGAAGAUAGCCACACCUGUCUUCCACUCUCCUAACUUCAACAGAUAAUUUCACAUCUUCUGCUGCCAAGAAGCCUGACAGCUGGAGCGAGGGAGGCUCCAUUUGGCUUAAUUACAGUCAACAAUGGCGUCGUGUCAAAGAAGUCUUGGUCCUGUAAUGAUGCAAAUGCCCUCUUAAAGUUGGAAACACCUGUGGGAAUAUUAACAAUGUAACACUGUAAAAGUGUUUAGCUGAGUUCAUGCACAUAUUGUUUUUUACACAUUGGGGGGCCCCGACGUGUAAAGAACUUAUAAGUUGAAAGCCUUGUUAUAGUUCCACACCCACAUUCAGAAACCAUAAACAAGGUUAUUUAUUUAAAAAUGAAUUCAUAACCUACUGCUUCAAAUUCUGAUUACAGAAUAUAUUCUGAAGAAAUAAAAUGAGAUGCACAGGAUUUAAGCAGCACAUAAGGAAAACUGAUGCAUUUCUCAGCAGGAGUGUCCCCUUCCUUACCUUAAGCCUUACAAGAUGAACUAUAAACUGUAGGUGACAGGUGGACCGGCGGGGCAACAGGUGGGAGUGCUAAUACCUUCCUCUGUGAUGUUAAUGCCGACUGCGCUCGCCCUGCUCCUUCAGCCUUUAAUCUUCUCUGUCCUGCAAAUCAGCAAAGCUUCAACCUGCUGAUUUUUCUUUUCGCUGCUGAGGGGAAGCCAAGUGUCACCAGAACUCUCAGAUCCCACUGUGGAAAUAACCAGGUUCAUCAUUUAAAAUAACCAGUUUGUAUUUUCUGUAUAUAACUGGCUUUGUGAAUAUUUAAUUUGAAUAAAUAUUUACAGCACAA